GCCAAGAGGAGAACAUUUAAGGAGAUCCAGUUGUGCAACAAUUGAGGGAGAAAAUUAUAGGAGAGGAAUAAAAAAAAAAAAAAAAAAAAAAAAUCGUGUGUUUUUUUUUCCCAAGGCAGUCAGCCGACUAAGAGCAGUUUAACCCAAUUGACAUGUACCUCAUAUUUUUCCCUCCUUUAACCCACUACACCCCCCCCCUCCUCCCCUACGUAUGUUUUCCGCACGCGUGAGAGAUAUGCUUUAGAGGAAGAAGCAUGUAUCGUGCAUCAAGUUACCUAAAAUUGUUCUCAACUGUAUGCGUCUUAACGUUUAUCCUCCUGUGUGAAUACCAUCAGUGUGCGUAUGAGAAGAAGGAUAAAAAUGUAGACCUCUUUUCUGAGGCGCACGAGCUGCUUGACCAUGGCGAGUACGCCAAGUCGUUCGCCUUCCUGAGGACAUGCGUGCACUACGACAUAAGGUGCCUAACGCUGAGUGGAGUGUUCUAUUACCUGGGGCUGGAGCCCGUGGAGAGGGACGUUAGCAACGCACUGUACAUAUGGAAGGUGUGCGCAGACUACGGAAGCGCAGAUGCGCAAUUCUACCUGGGAAUUAUGUACUCAAAUUACUUCUCCCUGCCAAACUUGUACUCGUACUAUGUAGACGAGCCGCAUAUAGAAGAUACCCUCGUUUUGCUCAGAGUGUACCUUCGCUUGGAAGGAGCCUAUUUAAGGAGGAGUGUUAUUGAAUGCUUACGAGGAGAAGGAGUUAAUUGCCAAGUGUGGAAGAGAGACGAAGAAAGGGAACACGGAAACAACGACAGUAGUGAGGAUAGAAAUAAUUUUCGAACCCCCCCAGUGGUGACACUGACAAAAAAGAAUAAACUAAUUGUGAAGAUAAAAAAUAUUAGAUACAACACAGAUGAGUUGAAAUGGUAUUUUGACAAUCUAAAGAAAUUUCCCAAUAGGGAUUACUUAGAAAAAAAUGGAAAGAAAUUAAAUUUUACGAGAAAUCAUGACUUAAGUUUGUUAUACUUAUACAGUAGUAGUUUGGCUAACCAUCCAGGUAGUAUUUUAUCCUUAGGAAUAAGAUAUAUGAAUGGUUAUGGUGUGGAGAAAAAUUGUGAAACUGCAUCUAGGUAUUAUUUAAAGCUUACAAACGGGAUCAUCAAUGCAGAUACUAGAACCCAUUUCGAAAUGGCUGACUUGAUCAAACUAAACAUACCACAUUAUGAUCAGUACAAUAUGAAUAAUAAAAAAAUCAGAAAUAUAGAAAUUUUUCUAGAAACGUCUCUACAUAAUAACCACAGAAUUUUAACCAUGAUCGCACGAAGGUACCUCAUAGGUAUAGACGGAGUUGAAAGAAAUUACAAAAAAGCACUCUCCUAUCUAACCAAAGCAGAAAAGUAUGACAAUUCAGAGGCCAUAUCCUUAUUAGGAUAUAUUUACCUCCUAGGGUUAGGGGUACAAAUUGACUAUAGUAAAGCUACUGAUUAUUUUAUUAGGGGAAAUAAAUUAAAGGAUCCUUUGAGUUAUAAUGGGUUAGGGUAUAUACACUUCUUCGGAUUGGGAAAUUUUAAAAAAAAUCCUCAUUUGGCAUUUUACUAUUUCGAGUUAGCUGCAAAGAGUAGCCUAUCAUCUGCACAGUUCAAUCUAGCUUGCUUGUAUUUAAGUGGUGUCGGAAUCACACAGUCUUUCCAUAAUGCUUUUUACUGGUUUUAUAAGUCGCUAAAUAAUGGAAAUGUACUAGCUGCUUACAUCAUAGGGUUUAUGCACUACAAUGGGAUCAUUAGCAACAGAAACUGUAAAGUAGCUUUGUCUCUGCUGGCCAAGGUGGCUGAAAAUAACUCCUUCAUUUUGAGCACCUCCAAUAGAAUUAUUAGAUAUACAGAAAAGGGCAGAAUGAAGGAGGCUCUGUUUCUAAUGGCACAACUCGCUGAAACGGGUAACGUCCAAUCUCAGAUAGGAAUAUCUCAAAAUAUUAACAACCCAGAGUUUGCUCUCUUUUUACCCUCCAAUGAUAAAGCAAAGAAGGUUUAUGCCAGUAGAUUCCUCGCCAUGGCAUCUGAGAACAACGACUUUAAAUCGCUGUACACUCUUGGCGAUUACGCCUAUCAGGGGCACGGCUUGUACGUCCGCAUAUUUUCCAAGAACAACGUGCCUUUCGACGCGCUCUACGACAUUGACGAGCGGAAGAAGGCUAAUCAGUUUGACGAGCCGAAGAAGGCUGCCACAGAUGAAAAGUCGAGCCAGGUCACCCCCCCGAACGAAAUAAUCUCCGCCGACUUCGUUGACGAACAGGGCUUCAUCUUCAGCGACCGUUGGCGAUUCAACUACGGAUUAAAGUUCUCCUUUAAUGAGGUGGAUUACGACCUAGCCUAUCACCAUUACAAAAGCAUUAUUUCGUACUACCCCCAUAACUUCUACGUGAUCCAAACCAUAUCGCAGGCCUGCUACAACUUAGGGUUCAUGCAUUAUUACGGCAUAGGCGUAGCGAAGAAUAUUCAAAAGGCCUUAGUCUAUUUUAAUUCUUCUAUUAAAAUUUACCCCAUGCAUAAGGCCCCCUCCGUUUUGUUUGUACUCUAUAUAAAGUUUAACAAGCAUUUGUAUAACUUCAAGAAGAAGUUUCAGCACCUGAAGGGGUUCUUGCCCCUGUAG